UCGCGAUGCUUUGCGAGGUUGGAGCUGGGCCCCACUUCGACCUCGCGCGGCCCGAGGUGCAAGCGGAGAUCCUGAGGUGGCUUCGGGCAGGGCUCAUCCAGCAUGUCUUCCUGGGGGCCCCCUGCAGCCGCUGGUCAGAGGCGCGCAGCGCAGGACGGCCCGGGACGGACGUCGACCGCGCCGGCCUGGCCUGCGCUCGCUUCGCCGCCCGGACCCUCCGAGUGCGCAUGCAGCAGGGCAUCUGCGUCGCGAUCGAGAACCCACGGCGCAGCGGCUCGUGGAGCCGGCCUUCACUUCGAGACGAACUCCGACGAUCAAGUUGCCAGCGCGUCGACUUCGACAUGUGCGCCUACGACACCGCCUGGAGGAAGCCCACCAGACUUGGGGCCAACGCCCCUGGGGCGGAGGCUCUGCGCGCUUAUGCCCUGGAGACCGUCGGCGCGUCAUCCUGGGUGGGGAAGGUCGGGCGCGCUGCCAAACCUUCCCGCUGGCGGACCUCCUUUGCGGGCGCCUGCCCGCCGAAGGUCUGCGUCGCCAUCGCCGAGCUGCUGGGGGGGCUUUCAGACUGGCGGGAUGGCCGACUGCUUGAAGCCGCGGGAGACUACGACACCGGCGCGAGCAGGUGGCGCGUGGCAGUCCCGCAGGCCCCGCAGCGCGCCGUCCUGGGCUGGGAGAAUUGCCCGCGACGCUGGGGCGGACGGGCGCCUAGGGCGGAGCUCUGCGUCCUCGGCGAGGUCGGCGCUUGGAAUCGCGCCCGCCCGCCGGAAGCGGCUGCGGGCUACAUGCCUGGCCGACGCCGCCCCAGGCAUUCUCCGACGGGCGACCAUCACUGCUCGAACGCGGCUCACCUACAACAGGCUUUCAAUUUCGUGAGGCAGUUCGCCGCGGACCGAGGGCCGACGCCACGGACCAUGGACGACUGGGGCCACAUCCGCAACGACCUACUCGAGGUAGAGUUCCGGGCGGUAGCGUCAGCCGCGGUCGGGCGCAUGGCUAUCUACAGCGCGGCGUGGCACCUGGACUGCGCGCCCCGCAGCCCGACCGUCCUCCCGCUGGCGAAGAAAGCGCCGAAGGGUUUCCUGGCCGCCCGCCCGGGCCCCAUGCGAGACCCGCCUGCCUUCGAGGCCGUCUGGGCAGUCGUCGCCUCGUUCAUGAAAGGCGACGCCCCGGCCGUCCGAGCCGCCGGAGACGGUCGUCAGCCAGGCCUUCCGCCCGAAGCCCGGCACGCCGAACAAGACUGGGCCUUGGCGGUGGCCCCUGAGGGCGGGAAGCCGGCCAAGAACAAGCAGUUCGACCAGGGCGUGCGGCUGCUGCGGUUCCUGACGUUGUCCAAGCUGGAGCAGUUGUUCAGGCAGCAUGGCCGCGUCGACGAUGUCAAGAUCUCGCCCCGCAGCCGCCGACGCGCUGGGCCGUCGCAUGACAUGUACUAUAUCAACAGCAGCCCCGACGCUGUGCAGAUGCGAGGCCGGUGGAGCUCGGUCAGCUCCGUCCGCAGGUACGCCAAGCCUGCCGAGCUCUUGCGACAGCUCGGCAAGACGGACCGCAGCACCCAGACAUCGG